AUGGUGCAGCCGUGUUUCGGAGCCACCAACUGUCAGCGUCAAAAGCAGCCAAGUUUACAGAUUUUACCUGCAUCGUCGGUGCAACGCAAAGCGGUGGGACACUCCUUGCUGUUGACCUGCCGCCCAGAUGUGCCGGACUCCAAUCUCAUCUCGGAUCUCAGAUGGAACGACAACCGCAACAUGACCAUCCUCCCGAAGCCGAUGAACUAUUAUUCUCCUUUGUACGACUCGAAGGGUCGUAGACUUCCCACGAAGGCGGGCCAGUCAUCGACGCCGAUCUACACCGAAUCGAUAGGCGGUGGAGCGGCGUUGGCGCUAAUCUUCGAAUCGCUCCAAGAAUCGAUGGCCGGGACGUACUACUGUGCGGCGUCGUACUCCGUCACCGAGAAGCUGAACGCGGCCGUCGCCAUCGAAACGUACGUGGCCAUCACCUGGAAGGAUGCCCCUACCGAUCAGCGGCCCCUGCUGGGCGCGGAUUACAUCGUGCGUUGUGAAGUAACCGCCAAUCCGCCGGCCUCCGUCGAUUGGCUGCGAAACGGAGAUCAGAUUAAAUCCAGCGGUCGGUACGUGAUCGAGAACCGAGGGCUGCUCAUCAAGAACAUCACCGAGGCGGACGAUGGGCUGUACACGUGCCGGGCCGCGGUCAUGUCGACCGGCGAGCUGAAGAACCGGGAGAUCAACGUCGAGGUCCAGAUCAUGCCGGAGGUGCAGCGGCUGCCGCAAGUGAUGGACGCCGUCGAGGGACAAUCGUUCUCCGUCAUGUGCAACGCCACCGGCAAACCGGUGCCCGAGUUUCAGUGGAUCAAAAAGGGCACCCAGCAGAACGCGGCCGAGCUGGAUAGGUUCUCCGUCAAUGCGAUUACGGGUCAGCUCGACAUUAGUAACGUGCAGCAGCAGGAUCACGACAGCUACGCCUGUAUCGCGCGCAAUCCUGCCGGCCAGUCGGAGGCCGCGACGAAGCUGAACGUGCUGAUUCGCCCGAAGAUCAUCGAGCUGAUCAACAUCACCGUAUCGGAGGACACGGAUGCGGUGUUCGUGUGCAAGGCGUUCGGUCGGCCGGCACCGGAGAUCACCUUCCGUCGCUACGGGACCGUGGAGGAGUACUCGAUCGGGUUGCAGGCGAGCGACGAUCGCCUCACCCUGGAGCAGUCGACGGACGAAGAGAAGGGCGAAACGAUCGGUACGCUGCGCAUCUCGAAGGUGGCCACCACCGACGACGGGCUGUACGACUGCAUCGCUCGCAAUCGGGGCGACGUCGCAUUCAAGGUUGGCCACAUUACCGUCGAGUACAGUCCGAUCUUCGACCACAUGAAGGCCCUACCGCCGGUGUACACGUGGGAGGAACGUCCUGCCAAUCUGAGCUGCUUCGCGCAAGCCAUCCCGAACGCCACGAUCGAGUGGCGCUGGAACGAUCGGCGGGUGCAGGACCUGUACGACCAGAACAUGCGCAUUGAGGACCACGGACUGCGCAGCGAUCUCAUCAUCUACCCGCGCGACCGGCGCUACUACACGGCGUACAAGUGUGUGGCCCGCAACAAGCUGGGCAGUGCGGAGCACGUGAUGGAGCUGCGCGAGGCCCGCCGCCCGGAGAUGGUACCGCAGGCGAAGCCGCGCAUCGUCAGCGCAACGUCCAUUACGUUCGACGUGAUGGCACCGCCGGUUGAGCCGGGUCUUCCGCUGACGGCCUUCUCGGUGCAGUGGAAGGAGCAAUUUACGAGCGAUUGGAACCUGGCCCACAACCGCACCUGGUCACCCGACAGUCCGUACAUCGUGGAGGGAUUGCGACCGCAGACGGCCUACAUCUUCCGGUUUGCGGCCCGCAACGUGGUUGGGCUGAGCCAGUGGGGAGCGACCGUUGAGCAGUCGACGCCGAGGCGCUCCGAACCGGAAACGCCCCGCAUCCUGCACACACCGAUUCAGGACGAGGACGGCGAAGGAAACGAUCCGAUCGUCACCUCACCGUACGCCGACCACUUCGAUAUGCGGUGGAGCAUACCGGUCGACAAUGGUGAACCGAUCGACCUGUACUUCAUCAAAUACUGCCCGGGCACAAAGAUCAACGGCGUGUGGACCGAGAUGGAGGAGCACUGCGUCGAGCGGGAGGUGUCGCGCGUGACGAACUACGAGAUGCGCAGCCUGCAGGCGGACACCUACUACCGGAUAGCGCUGAUGGCGCACAACGCGAUCGGCUUCUCGAAGGAGGCCCACGUGCUCAUGAAGACCGCCCGAGGAAUCGACGUGGUGCUUCGCGUCGAUAGUCCCACACUGUCGUCGGCCGCCGUGAUCGGCAUCGUGAUUGGGGCCGUGCUGUUGCUCCUGCUGAUCAUCGAUCUGCUGUGCUGUCUGUUCGGCAACCUGGGCAUUACGGCGAUGCUGUGCCGGAAGACGAAGCGCUCCCCGUCGGAUCUGGACGAUGAAGCGAAACUGGGAAGUCUAUACGGUUGGCGUUUUCCGCUACCCUAUUGCAGUGGCAGUCUGAUCAAGGAGCGCCCACCGUCGCCGUUACCGCUGCCACCACCGAUCGUUAAGCUUGGUGCCACCACCCCAUUGGAAGACGAAAAGCAGCCGCUGAACACCCAACCGACCACAGCAUCGGCCAUGAAGGUGAACUCGUCCGUUGAGUUCGAUGGGCGCGUCGUUCAUUCGCGAAGCGGUGACAUUAUUGGUAAAAACUCGUCCGUGUAAAGAUAGAAAAAGCUUCGCCGCCACUUUCCGAGAGAUUUCUUCACGGCGAUCGACGCCGCGGAUCCGAUUUGGGACCGUAGCAGCGAAUCAACUUCCGCGCGCCGUGCCACUCGAUGAAGCCAUUUUCUGAAAUUGAAGCCCUCGAUGUGUACAGCAAGAGCGCAGACCAGGCGUUGAGAGAGAGCGAGUUCAAACAGUAGCAUUAGAGUCAACAUGAUGUAUCGUAUUCGGUUCUCGGAUUUAAAAAUACCAUUUAAAGUCGAAGAUUAGGCUAGGUUCCGCUUGCCCUUUUUAGGUUCCCCUCCGUAAACGUAAAGGAAGAAUGUAAGUAAAUCAAAGUCAUUUAGUGGUAGGUCGGCUUGUACCGAUUGUGUAAUGGUGCGUAAAUUGUAGCGCCUCGUGGCAAUGCAGAUAACGCGCCAAAACAAAACAAGCAUAGCAUCGUUCUGCAUCCAAAACCGGGUUCAGGACGAGUGGCUCUCCACCUUAAUAACAUACAGACAGGUGCGAACAUUGGCUGAAGGGCAGCAAACACUAAAUGAUCAUUUGCAUUAUUCGCAAACACAACAGCCCUACCGACAGGAAAGUAGUAUCGCUCACAUUGCGCACUGUAAGAGACGCUAGUGUUCUCUUCUUGGCUUGGGUAUUUGCGUGAAUCGUGAUAUAUUGAGAGGAACAGACACAAAAUCGCCUUCCCAAAUCGCUGCCGCGAGACAACAGAACGAACGUAGAGAGUUAAGUAAGAGGAGCCUGCAACAUAAAACUCACACACGAGGCGUUGCAGCGAGCACGCGAGGGAUUGUAUCGUCAGUCUAAUGCAUAUGGUGCCACUUUACAGUGCAACCUAUCCCUUUAAACCAUUCAAUUUGUAGUACACGUGACGUGAAUGCCCGACGCGAACACUCAAACACUAGAUUAGCCGGACGCGCCUUGUUUCAACGAUUCCGCCUCACCUGAAACAUUAUUGCUUACACUUGACAAAGGUAACGCUUUUAGUGAAUGUCUAUAAUUGUAAACAAUUCGGCGUGAUGUAAAGUAAUUAAUGCUCUAGAGAACUUAUCGACCGAACGGAAACCAAAGUGGUCGCGCCACGCUGUGGUUGGUGCAACUGCAUCAGUCGCGCACCAAACCGACCCAUUCAUCAUCAUCAUUCGUUUCGCAGUUAGUUAGGUACUACCGUAGCGGGCAGCAAGUAUUCCGCUCUUUACUUACAGUUGAAGGCUGUUCAGUGUAAAAGGACACGAAAUCAAAUAUAGGCUUAAGUGCAGCAAGUAUGCUGUCGCGCUCUCGAUUCGGUUCUUUUCCAAGAUCCUUAACCAUACCCAAUACACGCACCACAACUCCUGAAGAAUGUGUCGUUUUACAAGACGUGCUACGCAUUGCGUUGCUACCCUUUCUGGCUUACGAUAUGUAUCCUGUCGCCUGUGCUUGUGUUGUAUGCGCGCUGUGCUUAUAAGGAAGUACCUAUACUUCUGCCCCAUACUCUAACCGUGACCAACCGUGACAAACCUCCGUGUGUAACAACCGCAACCGAGAACAAUCGAUGAACAAGCCAAAUUUUAUCAUCUACUCAUCUACCAACAUCCUACGUCGGUGCGUCAGUGCACCGGGGAAAACAUAUUUUAAUCCGCUUCAUAUUCACCUACCGAGCUCUACUGGCGAGAGAACUGGCAAUUUGCUUAACACAAACCCUGAACAAACUCCGGAAACCAAUGAGAUAAUAUAUUUGUACAGAUCGCAAGAGAGAUUCAUCCAUUUUUCUUCAUCGCUGGUGCACAAUGUGUGCAGUCAUUCGUUAAGUUUAGUUUCCGUAAUGCACUCUGCCAUAGUGAAGAGUUUCGUCGUUGAAUCGGACUGGAUGGUGAUACAGAAGGCUGAAUUUGAAAUUAGAAUUUCGGAACCAUCUUUUCCGUUGCAAAAAUUGAGGAAGAACAAACCAAAAACACGUGCGCUCGUAAGGGCGGAUUAGAGAAAACCAAACAAAAAACCGGGAUAGAGAUUGCAAAUCGGAUCGGAAGAUCGUAAGAGAUAAUCGGUUAAAAGGGGGUUUCUCUAGGAUCUCGUUUUCAGUUAAGUGUAUUGUGUUGUAGCUAACCCGGUCCUGUAGCUAGAGAGAACUACCAUUUGCAGCGACGAUCGAGAGCCUUUGGAAUCAGGAGACGCCGUUUAUUAUUGGCCCUUCGGUUGAUCGCAAGACACAAAGGAUAAAACGAAUGAAACAACCAGAACCAGAGUGCAGUAAUUUUUCGGUUUAAUUUACCAGAUAGUAGUACCUAGCCGUGUAAGGAAUUUACGUUAUAUUUAUAUUCCAAUUAUACUAUUGGUAUGUAUGGAACGACGAAUUAAAUAAAAAGAA